AUGGACCCCUCUGGCAAGGUGGCGCUUAUCACGGGAGCGGCCGGCGGCCUGGGCAGAGCCUUCAGCAGGGCGCUGCUGUCCGCGGGCGCCAAGGUGGCUCUGUCGGACGUGGACGCGGCCGUGGGCCAGAAGUUCGCGCAGGAGCUGGAGCAGCAGUUCGGCAGCGGGCGGGUCGUCUUCGUCAAGGCGGACGUCACCGACCCGGCACAGCUGGAGGAAGUGUUCAAAAAAGCGAAAAGCACCUUCAAGCGCCUAGACAUCGUCAUCAACAAUGCUGGUAUCAUGCGGGACAGCAUCUGGGAAAAGCAAAUCGACAUUAAUAUGAAGGGGGUGGUGCACGGGAUGCUGCUGGCGUUCAAGCACAUGGGCAAGGAGGGCGGCGGCCCCGGCGGGCUGGUGGUCAACGUGGCGUCCAUCGUGGGCGUCUCCGUGGUGGCCAACCUGCCCAUCUACUGCGGCACCAAGCACGCCGUCGUCGCCAUGACGCGCGGCUACGGGAUGCCGGUGAACGUGGAGCGCACGGGCGUGAAGGUGGUGGCGCUGUGUCCCGGGGCCACCGACACGCCACUGCUCAAUGACGCCAAGCACUACCUGCUGCACCCGCAGCUCGCCGGCGACCUCCAGAACGCCAUCGACACCUUCGGCACGAACAAGCCGGAGCAGAUCGCGGAGGGCCUGAUGCACGUGAUCCGGAACGCCGAGUCCGGCUCUGCGUGGGUCUCGAACCUGGGAGACCACUACGAGGUGCACUUCCCGCAGCUCCACAAAGAGCUCCAUCGUUUGAAUGUAGACAUCGCGGGACUGCAGGAGGUGCGGCUUCCAGACGCGGGCUCUAUCAGGGAGGAUAAUUACACAUUCUUCUGGCAGGGGAAGUCUCAAGACGAGCCAAGACUUCAUGGCGUAGGAUUUGCUGUUAAAAACGCCCUCAUGGACUGUAUACAGAAAGCGGCCGAUUCUGGGAAUGCUAAGGCAAUGUACGAUGGUAUUAAGAAAGCAAUUGGACCAACUGUCAGAAAAACAGAUCCUCUGAAGUCCAAGACGGGUGAAGUCAUUGCUGAUGAAGGCAAACAAAUGGAACGCUAG